AUGGCGCCCGAAGCCGUUGCCACCCCCGGCUGCGAGCAGCACCCGCGCCCAACGCUCCCGCCGCUGAAUAACCACGGGGGCAGGGCCGGACCGAGCGGAGAAGGGCAGGGCCGAGCCGGCCGGCACCGCCCCGCCGGGCAGGUGCUGGCACCUCCCCCGCCCGGCCCCGGCACUGCUCGGCCCCCUCGGCCGCUCCCGGAGGGAAAUUCCCCCGCGCCGGUGGGUCGGUUCGGCUUCAUGAUCAAAAACUCUAUUGUUCCCAAACUCGAAAAUCUGCCAUCAGCUCAUUCUGACCAAAUUAUCUCCCUACGCCUUCCACUCCACAACAAGCAACAUGUUGUCCUCUUUAGUUUAUAUGCCCCAACUCUCCAAGCUGACCCUGCUGAAAAAGAUAAAUUUUACACUGACCUGCGCUGCCUUAUCCAGAAGGUUCCUGUAGAUGAUAAGAUCAUUAUCCUUGGUGAUUUCAAUGCCAGAGUAGGAAAGAAUUUUGAAGCCUGGAAAGGAAUACUAGGCAAGCAUGGUGUUGGAAGCUGCAAUGAUAAUGGUCGACUUCUGCUAGAAUUCUGUGCAGAGCAACAGCUCACCAUCACUAAUACUAUCUUUCAGCAGAAAAAUAGUCUGAAGACAACAUGGAUGCAUCCCAGAUCCGAACAUUGGCACCUCAUUGAUUAUGUCUUGAUGCGACGGACAGGUGUCCGCGAUGUCCACCACACCCGUGUGAUGUCCAGUGCAGAAUGCCAAACAGACCAUCGACUGGUGCACUGUGAACUACCAUCAGACCUUCGUGAUGCAGUCAUCAUUACCCUAUAUAAGAAGAAAGGAAUUAAAUCAGACUGUUCAAAUUAUCAUGGUAUUACUCUGCUCUCCUUUGCUGGCAAAAUCCUGGCAAGAAUACUCUUGAACAGACCAUUACCUGCUAUAGCAGAAGGAAUUCUACCUGAAAGCCAAUGUGGUUUCAGAGCCAACAGGAGCACCACAGACAUGGUGUUUGUUCUCAGACAACUGCAAGAGAAGUGUAGGGAACAGAAUAAAGGUCUCUAUGUAACCUUUGUAGACCUCACCAAAGCUUUCGAUACUGUGAGCAGGAAAGGUCUGUGGCAGAUUUUGGAAGGUUUAGGUUGUCCCCCCAAGUUCCUUAAAAUGAUCAUCUCACUCCAUGAGGAUCAGCACGGCCAAGUCAGAUAUGGCAAUGCACUUUCUGAGCCCUUUCUAAUAACUAAUGGUGUGAAACAAGGCUGCGUUCUCGCUCCUACCCUAUUCACAGUCUUUUUCAGCAUGAUG